AUGUCGAGUUCAUCAUCGUCAGAAGCUGGUCCCUCACGGCGGACGAGAUCAGCCCCGCCUUCCGACAUAGACACCACUCGCGUCUGGCUGGGCAGCACGGAUGUGGCAAAUGGUAGUGGCGAUGGCGAAGGCGCCUCGCAAGCGGCUGCGUCGACCUCUGUCGUCCCUGCGACCACACCCUCGUUCUUCCCGACCCCAGCGCUCGAUCAUGCGUUUGGCGGCAUCGCAGCAGGAGCCGUCGCCACGAUUUGCAUGAACCCGCUCGACCUCAUCAAGACCAAGUACCAAGUGGAUACCUCGCGUCCACGUCCCCUGUCGUUCCGCCAACGCGCCGCUGCCGCACCGCUCUAUUCGCAGGUAUCGUCCCUUGCGUCCGGCAGUAGCGCAGCAGCGCCUCAGGAAGCUGACGUCAAGGGCAAAGGCCGUGCGGUGGAGGCUGCGUCCAGCCGAGGAUCUUCUGCCACUGGUGCAUUGCGACAAGCGGCGCCAGUGCGGCAUGGAUGGAGGUACUACGCUCUCGGCGGGAAAGUGGGCAACGACAUGGUGGGUGCGUUAAGCGAGAUUGUCAAAGCGGACGGCUGGAAGGGCUUGUAUCGUGGAUUGAGCCCCAACGUGGCUGGCAACUCGGCAUCUUGGGGGUUGUACUUUUUGUGGUACACCAUGAUCAAGGAGCGCAUGUCUGCGCACGAGAGCAACCAGGACUCUACAACCGGCGAACCGAAAAAACUCUCUGCGGGACAGCAUCUUCUGGCAGCUUCCGAGAGCGGCGCCAUCACAGCCCUCAUGACCAACCCGAUCUGGGUGGUAAAGACACGCAUGUUCACCACUCCUCGAUCCGUCGUUAACACCGCCCAGUCCACAACAGCUGCGGCAAGCGCGACACGAGCGCCGCCAGAAGUAUACCGCGGCCUCUGGCAUGGCCUGGUUUCGAUCUACCGCACCGAAGGCAUCCGCGGUUUAUACAAGGGCGCAGGCCUCGCGCUGUUCGGCGUCUCGAACGGCGCGAUCCAAUUCAUGGCGUACGAGGAGCUCAAAAAGUGGCGCACAUCCGUCGCUACACGCAAGCUCCAGGCCUCGGCAGGGCAGGUGGACACGUCGAUGAUCAAGCUUUCCAAUGCCGAGUACAUUGUCAUGUCGGGCGUGUCCAAGGUCGCGGCGAUCCUGCUGACCUAUCCGUACCAGGUGGUGAGGUCGAGAAUCCAGAACCACGCCACUUCGCACAUCUAUCCAGACAUCGGCACGUGCAUCAGGCUCACGUAUACCCAGGAAGGUCUGCGUGCGUUCUACAAGGGGCUGGUGCCGAAUCUGGUGAGGAUCUUGCCCGGCACAUGUGUCACGUUUGUGGUGUACGAGAACGUCAGUUGGGCGUUGAAGGGGUUGGCAAGACGGAAGAUGCAGAGGCAACAGCAGCAGCACUUGUUGGAGACGGACACCUCAGUGUAA